GAUGAAUCUUCUGCAAAAAACAGCUGAAUUGUACCACAUGUAUUUCAUAUAAAUAACGUCAAUUUAUAAAGCGGGUCAGUACUUAGUAUACACCCUUUAUAUCAAAGGCCUUCAGUAUCAAUUAAUUCAGCAAAUAUAUUGACCCAAAAAUGUGGUCCCGGUCAUUGUAUUUGCUAAAUAAAUUCAUAAUGAAGGCCUCUGAUAUAUUCUGAAGUAUAUAGGCUGAAAGAGCAUCAUUUUUAUACAAAAUGCGUGAUCAAAUAAUAGUUUACCACUAAAGUUAACGAAACGGCAGGCAAAUCGUUUACCGGAACCAGAAAAAUUUUUUGGUCCCGGUGCUCAUCUCUAAAUUUAAGUGAUGCAAAAUUUGUUUUAGAAAUCACCUGCAAAUGUUACUAACGAUUUAAUAUUACGAAGACUAUUCGAGAUGAUAGUAGAAAAUUUAGAUGAAUUUGUUUAUUAUCCUAUACCAAAAAAUAUGGAAUACAUGAGAUGUCAACUAACCAGAGAUAAUCAAGGUUUAGAUAAAUAUUUUCUUCCAACAUAUUAUUUACAUGCUGAACGAAACGAUGGAAAAAAGUAUCUUAUAUUGACUGCUCGUUGUAAACUACGGAAAUAUGGUACAGCAAGUUAUGUACUAGCGACAGAUAUUACAAAUACACUGAAAGAUGAAGAACCAUUUAUAGGAAAAUUUCGUGGAAAUAAUAUGCAAGAUAGUGAAUUUGUUGUUUAUGACAAUGGUGUAAAUCCAAAGCAUAUAAAAAAUAACCAAGAACAACUUCGACGACGACGACGACAAAUGGCCGCUACCAUUUAUGAAACAAAACUUCUGGGUUUGAAAGGAUCAAGAAAAAUGACUGUUCUUAUUCCAAAUAUGACUGAAAACGAUCAACGCAUUGAAGUUCAACCUCAAAAUGAGAAAGAAGGUUUAAUUGAAAGAUGGAAACAUUCAGAGAUGAACAAUAUUUUAGAAUUACAUUCUAUCAUUACAGAAUCAAAUUCAAAUAAUUUAAAAUUUAAUGAUAGACAAGAGUUAAAAGAAUCAACAAAAAAUUUUCAAAUUGUAUGGACUAAGGAUAGUACUCAGGGUAAGACUUCAUCGUGA